AUGAAUAACCGUGGGAAUCAUGCACAAGGAACAAAUUAUAAUACCACGAGUUCGACUGAUUUGGGACGCGAAGAAACGAACGGAUUGGGUAACACUGAUCAUGGAGAACAGAACUGUUCUGGUAGAUUACAAUCCCUGGAGAUCAAUCGUAAACUUGAAGGAAUCAUACUUCGAUACGAGAUACCAGCUGAUAAAUGUUACCGUCUUCGUGCGCUGAAAGACUAUGAGAUAAUCGUUAUCGGUGAUGAUUCGGGAUCUAUGAAUACAACUGUUGAUAAUACUAAUGUAACUCGAUGGGAUGAACUUCGCAACCUAUUGAAGAUCAUCAUCGAAUUCGGAACAAUAUUUGAUCCGAGCGGUGUAGACGUUUUCUUUCUUAACCGACCACAAUGUACGGGGAUAACAGAUCCACGAGGUAUCGACCGUUUAUUCAUCGAUCCGCCAUCUGGAUUUACACCACUUGCAAAGAAAAGUAAAGAGGUUAUCGAAUUUGCAAGAGCAAACAUUGACGAAACGAAAAAAGUUUUAUUGUUCAUCGCAACUGAUGGUUUACCAACAGAUGACAAGGGCUAUCCGGAUUUAAACGAAUUCACACGCGUUAUUCGCAAUGAGAUCGAUCACGAGAUCAUACAUAUUAUGUUUCUACUCUGCACAGACGAACAAGAGAGCGUCGAUUAUCUGACGGCAUUUAGGACUACUGUGCCGAAUGUUCAUGUUUGUGAUGAUUAUGAAACGGAAAGACGAAGAGUGCGUCAUCUUUAUGGCCGUAACUCCCAAUUCACGCGAACUGAUUACUAUAUCCACGCACUAGUCAGUGCUAUUACAUCAGACCAUUGA